GGGGCGGCGCUCCCGCCGGGCUCUCGCCGUGCGGGCGCGGAAUGGCCGCCGCCGUGUAGCGGGAGCGCCGCCGCCAUGGGCCGCGAGUCCAGGCAUUACCGGAAGCGCUCGGCGUCCCGGGGCCGCUCCGGGAGCCGCUCCAGGAGCCGCUCCCCGUCGGACAAGAGGAAGCGCGAGGACCGGCGCUCCAGGAGCCGCGAGCGGGACCGCCGGCGGGACAGGUCACGCAGCAGGGACAAGAGGAGGUCUCGCUCACGGGACAGGAAGCGUCAAAGACGUUCGAGGAGCAGAGAAAGGGAGCGGAGCCGAGAGAGGAGACGGUCCCGGAGCCGGGAGAGGAGGCGCUCACGGAGCAGGAGUAGAGGGAGACGCUCCCGAUCCUCCAGUCCAAGCAAGAACAGGAAGACAGAAAACAGAUCAAGAUCUAAAGAAAAGACAGACGGUGUGGACAUUUCCAAAGAAAAGAAAAAGGACAAAGAUGACAAAGAGGAAGAGAAAGACAAAGAUGCUACCACAAAUGCUGUGGCCACUGAGAAUUUUGAUCAGAAUAAACUAGAAGAAGAAAUGAGAAAACGAAAAGAAAGAGUGGAGAAAUGGAGGGAAGAACAACGCAAGAAGGCAAUGGAAAACAUAGGAGAGCUGAAAAAAGAAAUUGAAGAGAUGAAACAAGGGAAAAAAUGGAGUUUAGAAGAUGAUGAUGAUGAUGAAGAGGAAACUGCAGAAGGAGAAAAAGAAGGCAAUGAGGUUGAAGAUGAGGAAUUAGAUCCUUUAGAUGCUUAUAUGGAAGAAGUAAAAGAAGAGGUCAAGAAGUUCAAUAUGAGAAGUGUGAAAGGUGGAGGUGGGAGUGAAAAGAAAACUGGACCAACUGUUACCAAGGUGGUAACUGUGGUGACAACCAAAAAGGCAUCUGCUGAGUCAGAAAAGAAGAAAGGGGAACUCAUGGAGAAUGACCAAGAUGCAAUGGAGUAUUCCUCAGAAGAGGAGGAAGUUGACCUUCAGACUGCCCUGACUGGCUAUCAGACCAAGCAGAGAAAGCUGCUAGAACCAGUGGAUCAUGGAAAGAUAGAAUAUGAACCUUUCAGGAAAAACUUCUAUGUUGAAGUUCCAGAACUAGCUAAAAUGACUCAAGAAGAGGUCAACGUGUACAGGCUGGAGCUGGAGGGAAUUACAGUCAAGGGAAAAGGCUGUCCCAAACCAAUAAAAACCUGGGUACAAUGUGGUAUUUCCAUGAAGAUUCUCACUGCCCUCAAAAAACAUGGCUAUGAAAAGCCCACUCCCAUUCAAACCCAGGCUAUCCCAGCAAUUAUGAAUGGACGGGAUUUGAUUGGCAUUGCUAAAACAGGAAGUGGAAAAACGAUUGCAUUUCUGUUGCCCAUGUUCAGACACAUCAUGGAUCAGAGAGCAUUAGAAGAAGGAGAAGGUCCCAUAGCUGUCAUUAUGACACCUACACGUGAGUUGGCUUUGCAGAUUACCAAGGAGUGCAAGAAAUUCUCAAAGACUCUUGGACUUCGAGUUGUGUGUGUUUAUGGAGGAACAGGAAUCAGUGAACAGAUAGCUGAACUCAAAAGAGGUGCUGAAAUUAUUGUUUGCACACCUGGACGUAUGAUUGACAUGUUAGCAGCUAACAAUGGUCGGGUGACAAACCUCCGCAGAGUCACGUACGUUGUGCUUGAUGAAGCUGACAGAAUGUUUGACAUGGGGUUUGAGCCUCAGGUCAUGCGCAUUGUAGACAACGUCAGGCCUGACCGUCAGACUGUCAUGUUCUCUGCUACUUUCCCCAGAGCUAUGGAGGCCCUGGCUCGCAGGAUCCUCAGCAAACCCAUAGAGGUGCAGGUUGGAGGCAGGAGUGUUGUCUGCUCUGAUGUGGAGCAGCACGUGAUUGUCAUAGAAGAGGAGAACAAAUUUCUGAAGUUACUGGAGCUACUGGGACAUUAUCAGGAGAAAGGAUCUGUUAUCAUAUUUGUAGAUAAGCAAGAACACGCUGAUGGGUUGUUGAAAGAUUUAAUGAGGGCCUCUUAUCCUUGCUUGUCUCUCCAUGGAGGUAUUGAUCAGUAUGACAGAGACAGCAUCAUUAAUGACUUCAAGAAUGGAACCUGCAAACUUCUGGUGGCCACAUCUGUAGCAGCCAGGGGCUUGGAUGUGAAGCAGCUGAUGCUGGUGGUCAAUUACAGCUGUCCCAACCACUAUGAGGACUACGUGCACCGAGCCGGCCGCACCGGGCGAGCUGGCAAUAAAGGGUAUGCAUAUACAUUCAUUACUGAGGAUCAGGCACGUUAUGCUGGUGAUAUCAUUAAGGCUUUGGAAUUGUCUGGGAAUCCAAUUCCUCCUGAUUUGGAGAAGCUCUGGGCUGACUUCAAAGAGCAACAGAAGGCUGAGGGAAAGUUGAUUAAAAAAAGCAGUGGAUUCUCUGGCAAAGGUUUUAAAUUCGAUGAAACAGAACAGGCUUUGGCUAAUGAAAGAAAGAAGCUACAAAAAGCAGCUCUUGGCUUGCAGGAUUCUGAUGAUGAAGAUACAGCUGUUGAUAUUGAUGAACAAAUUGAAAGCAUGUUCAAUUCCAAGAAAAGAGUAAAAGACAUGGCAGCACCAGGAACAUCAAAUGCUCCUACACCAUCAGCUGGCAAUGCAGAAAAAUUGGAAAUUGCUAAAAGAUUGGCUUUGAGAAUCAAUGCCCAGAAGAAUCUUGGAGCAGAGGCACAAGUCAUGGUUCCCUUCCACUUUAAGGAUGUGAUGCAGCAGGCUACAAAUGCUAUCCUGAGAGGAGGCACAAUUCAAGCUCCUACUGUGUCUGCCAAGACCAUUGCAGAGCAACUGGCUGAAAAAAUCAAUGCCAAGCUCAAUUAUGUACCCAUAGAGAAGCAGGAGGAAGAGAAACAGGAUGGAGGACAGAAUGAAUCCUUCAAGAGAUAUGAAGAAGAAUUAGAGAUCAAUGACUUCCCACAGACUGCCAGAUGGAAAGUUACCUCCAAAGAAGCACUGCAGAGAAUCAGUGAAUAUUCUGAAGCUGCCAUUACAAUCAGGGGAACUUAUUUCCCUCCAGGCAAAGAACCCAAGGAAGGAGAACGAAAGAUUUAUUUGGCUAUUGAAAGUGCCAAUGAACUUGCUGUACAGAAAGCAAAGGCAGAAAUCACACGACUUAUAAAAGAGGAGCUCAUCAGAUUGCAAAAUUCUUACCAACCAACCAACAAAGGAAGAUACAAGGUUCUAUGAGCAUUUGGAGUUAUUUGUCUGCUAGCAGCUGGUGCGUGAAACUUUGUGGCUUCUGUUGUUUUUGCUGUUUACACUGCUUAUUGUAAAUUAAGAAAAUUUUUUAUUUCAUCUUGCGGACAUUUUUUUAACAGAAAAUUGAUACUUGCUGAAGCAUCUUAAUUCUCUCCACUAAAGUUAUCAGUCUUAAAGCCAGACCAGUUUUGGUGGGACAUGAUUUAAUUUGAAAGUGCAGUUUAUACACUUUUCAUCAUAAAGAAUAUGAAAUAAACUGACUUUUUUUGACAGACAAUAGUAUACUGUUAAGUAAAAUGAAAGUGUUGGGAUUUGUGUUGGAAAUUGUUAGAAUGUACCUGCUUCAUAUUGUUGAAAUGGUUCACACAUCAGUUUCUACUGGAAAAAUUCUAAAACACCAAAAUAAAGGCAGGAUUUUUCUCCUGAUCCAUCCAUAGCAUCUCUCUGGCUGGUUUCACACACAUUCAUUCCCUGUACAAAUGUCCCUUAAGGUCAGAGAGUUUUGCAUUGAUCAGAGUAGAGAAUUUUAUCCUUCUCAUGUUCCCGUUUUUCUUUAUCAUCCAGGUAAUAGAUAACUCUUUGGGGUUGUUGUAAAGUGAAAUGUUUUGUAGUAUGAUAAUAGUUCUGUUUUUUUCUAAACAUCAGAAUUUUAGGAUUUGAUUUUUUUUCCCCUCAUUUGGUGACAUAAGAAUGAACCCUGUUUUAGUUUAAAAAGUUUAAAAAGGAAUUCGCAGAAAAAGAAAAGAGAAACCUCUUUUGUAAUGAAAUAAAACUUUGUCACUCUUUUAUAUUGUUCUUAUAUAUACAUUUAAUGUGAUUAUUCCCCCAGGAUUGUCAUCUUUAUUACUGUUAGGACAUGACUUUAAGUAAAAAUGUAUAAUGAUAUUUAUGAAUGAAUUCCACAAAUACUAUCAUUGCAGUAAUAAGCUACUGGGACAGGCAAGACCAAUGUUUUUGAGCUCUCAUCCCCAUAACCAGUAGGAUUCAUGAGGGACUCUACUCCUAAGCAUUAACUUCUGUCUGCUUGUUCUGGAGCCAAAGCAGUAGCAAUUUCAAUUGUUUCAUCCUAGCAGCUGCAAGAUUUUCAAGAUGAUAAUUUUCAAAAGGACUUUCAUAGAAAGCUUUUCUUACCUGACACACUGAGAAGAAAUGUGUCAUUUUAAACCAGCUGUGUAUAUACUGCUUUAACCCUGCUGAAGACAAAUCAUACAAUCUGCAUCAUGGCUGUAUAAAUUCACAAUUUUCUUUCCAAACUUCAGGUAAUUUAAGUGACUCUUGGUGUUUGCAUACAACUGUGUGUUACCCUGUCAGUGUACUUUAUUUGCAGUACUGGGAAGAAGUAAAGGAAUGAUUAUACCAGCUUAACAGUCUACUUUUAGGAUCAGAGCACUCCUAAUGUAGUACUUGCCAGUAUUAAUACAUGGAGUAGAGCAGAGAGAACAGCACACACAGUAACACUUCUCAAAACUUAAAACAGAAAUCCCAAACUAAAGUUCUGUGAUUACAUUUAAAUACAUGUUUUCCUUCCCUUAAGGACUGGGCUUUGAUGUCUUUCCUAGAAAUUCUUUGUUGAAUUGUCUAACUUUUGGGCAGUGUUCCUUCCCAGAAAUGACACAUUUUGUGUAUUUAAUGAAGAGCACUGUGGAGUUUGGACAGCCUGACAUGUGUUUAAAAGUCUUGGUUCAAAAUGUUCAUACAUUGAUAUCUCCUAAAAAAGGCAUGAUGGAGACACUUUUAUUGGGUUUCAGAGAUACAAAAAUGUAUAAUCUUUAACUUCCUGGGGGUUUUAAAUGCAAUGUCAAUAUUCUUAUGUUUUUUUAAUUCCAGCAAAAAUAAAAGCAAUUUCAAUGUAUAUUUUUCAGAAACUGUCUUUCUGAAUAGCUCCUCUGUUUUCUGCA